UGGCAGCAGGGUCACACUAGAAACUUCUGUGGCUAGCUAGGACUUCUCAGGUGAAAUCCAUUUCCCCUUCCCCCUGCCUUUUCUCAUUCUUUUCAAGAAAUAUUCUCGUAGACAUUGUGCUGGUCAGUCCUGGGAAGGCUCUGUUGCUGAGAAGGCUAGCUCCUGGCUGUGAUAUUAUAUUGCAGUCAUGGCGCCCAAGAAGAAGAAUGUCAAGAAGAGCAAGGCGGAUAUCAAUGAGCUGACCAUCAUCGUGGAAGACGGUCCUCUCAGCAAGCUGAACGGCUUGAACGGCCUUUUGGAAGGGGGGAAUGGCUUCAGCUGUGUCUCGACGGAGGUUUCCGAUGCUCUCUACAGUCCCAACCUUUUGGAAGGGUUGUGCAGGAUGAGGCUGGAGAACUUUCUCUGCGAUUUAGUCAUCGGUACCAAAACAAAGUCUUUUGAUGUCCACAAAGUGGUGAUGGCUUCCUGCAGUGAUUACUUCCACAACAUCUUGAAGAAAGAUCCAUCAACCCAGAGAGUGGACCUCAACGAUGUAUCUCCCCUGGGCCUAGCUACUGUCAUUGCAUAUGCCUACACAGGAAAGCUCACUCUCUCGCUGUAUACUAUAGGUAGCAUCAUCUCCACCGCCAUCUACCUUCAGAUUCAUACCCUUGUGAAGAUGUGCAGUGAUUUUUUGAUGCAAGAAAUCAACGUGGAGAAUUGCAUGUAUGUUGCCAACAUUGCUGAGACAUAUGGACUCAAAACCACCAAGGAAGCAGCUCAGAAAUUCAUUAGAGACAACUUCAUUGAGUUUUCCGAAUCGGAUCAGUUCUUAAAGCUCACUUUUGACCGGAUCAAUGAACUUCUUGCAGACGAUGACUUGCAGUUGCCUUCUGAACUUGUUGCAUUCCAAAUUGCAACGAGGUGGCUGGAAUUUGACCAAAAAAGAGCAAAAUAUGCUGCGGAUCUGUUGAGCAACAUUCGCUUUGGUACCAUCUCUGCCCAAGACCUGGUGAAUUAUGUUCAGACUGUACCAAGAAUGAUGCAAGAUGCAGAUUGCCAUAGACUUCUAGUAGAUGCCAUGAAUUACCAUUUGCUUCCCUACCACCAGAAUACAUUGCAGUCUAGGCGAACAAGGAUUCGUGGAGGAUUACGGGUCCUGGUUACGGUUGGGGGACGCCCAGCUUUAACAGAGAAAUCCCUUAGCAGAGACAUUUUAUACAGAGACCCUGACAAUGGAUGGAAGAGGCUUACUGAGAUGCCUGCUAAAAGCUUCAACCAGUGCGUCACCGUGAUGGAUGGAUUCCUCUAUGUGGCAGGUGGAGAAGACCAGAAUGAUGCCAGGAAUCAGGCUAAGCAUGCAGUCAGCAAUUUCUGCAGGUACGACCCUCGUUUCAACACAUGGAUUCACCUGGCCAGUAUGAAUCAAAAGCGCACCCAUUUCAGCCUGAACGUGUUCAACGGUCUCCUUUUCGCCGUGGGCGGCCGCAACUCGGAAGGGUGUCUCUCUUCAGUCGAAUGUUAUGUCCCGGCAAUUAAUCAAUGGCAAAUGAAGGCCCCUCUGGAGGUGGCUAGGUGCUGCCAUGCUAGCGCGGUCAUAGAUGGUAGGAUCCUGGUCACUGGAGGCUACAUCAAUAACGCUUAUUCCCGCUCUGUUUGCAUGUAUGACCCGGCUAGCGACAGCUGGCAAGACAAGCCCAGCCUGAGCACCCCUAGAGGCUGGCACUGCGCCACUUCCCUUGGGGAAAAGGUCUAUGUCAUGGGAGGGUCCCAACUGGGAGGCCGAGGGGAAAGGGUAGACGUGCUUCCUGUGGAGUGUUACAGUUCUUACUCCGGCCAGUGGAAUUACGCCGCUCCUCUCCCAACUGGCGUGAGCACUGCCGGCGCUUCCAUCCUCAAUGGGAAAAUUUACUUGGUGGGAGGCUGGAACGAAAUAGAAAAGAAAUACAAGAAAUGCAUUCAGUGCUACAACCCUGGUCUUAAUGAAUGGACCGAUGAGGAUGAGUUGCCGGAAGCCACUGUCGGAGUGUCGUGCUGUACCAUUGCCAUGCCCAAUACCAAAAACCGGGAAUCCAGGGCUAGCUCAGUAUCUUCAGUGCCAGUCAGCAUUUAAGUAUUUAAAAACGUAGGUUUAGAAAGACUAGGUUAAACCUUUUUUUUUAAUGUUUACCUUUACGUGCCUAUAGGAAGGGGUGGGUGCGGGGUGGGGGAGGCGACCUUUGCUUGCCAGUUAAUUUCAGUUCUGCAAAACCAGCCCAUUUUCAUGUAAUUGGAAAUGCAUGGUAUGGCCUGAGAAUUUUUUAAAAAAUGUAAGGCAUUUGCCACGUCAGGACAAAGCCACAGGCCUCUGACUUUAAACAUUAAAAGCACCUCGCUUCUUUCGAGAGCUGUUUCCCAGGUUGCACAGCUUAUUUGGAUAAAGUUCUCAAGAGCUGGAGCUUCGGCCUAAAAGGGGAUAGGCAAAGACAUCCAACAUAUAUCGGAAAAUAUAGUACUCGCAUGCUAUGUAAAACUAACAUGCCGUUAUCCCAGGACUAUUCUUUUCCUUAAUCAAUUUGUAUUCCACUUAAUAUUUUAAAAUCUCUUUGGGUUGCAAUGCAUAGGGCUGUUUCAAACAUCUCAGAGUGCCCAAAAUACACUUGUUACCUGCAUAUGCAUUAGAUUUCCUUCCUUCCACCAUUUCCAUGCAGGGGUGAGACAGCAGACCUACAGUUCAACUUUGGCAUUUCUAGACUUUGGCCAACCUUCUCCAGUUUAAUAACAUCAUUUUCACAUAAAAGUUCUGCUCUAGGUUAAUUAACAUAGAUCAGAGACUGUGAUCUAUUCCCACCAUCAUUAAACUGGCAGUGAUCUACCCAUUGGAUUGACCAGAGUCGUUGAGCUUUUGGGGGGAGGAAGUAGGCUUAAUUUUGUGCGCCUUUGUGCUCAACUUUGGCCACUUUUGGAAGAACUUCACUGGUUGACAUUUGGGGCAGGAGGAGCAUCGGUGCCAUGGUGCCCCCGGGGCUGUACCACAAAGAGUUUGCCAGCACGGGCCACCAGGCUGGGCUUCAGAUCUGGUGGAUUGAGAAACUGGAUCUUCCUUAACACCAAGUUAAGAAAGGCCACUCUAUAGAAUGAAGAGCAGGUAGGAGCUGCUAUUAAAAAAUGGCCUUUUCACUGUGAAGGAAUGUAAUAAUACAACACACCCACCCCUCUCUGAGUUAAUGGCAAAGCUCCCAUUGAUCUUGACAGCUCUGGAUUGUAUUCCAAGAACUCAAUGCUCUUGGCUGUGUAUUCAGAAGUAAGCUCCAUUGAGCUGAAUGGAGUUUACUUCUGUAGCGGUGUCAGAGGAUUGCAGUUUGAAUGGAAAUUCAUCUUGGUCAUACCAUGCAGCUAUUUUUGAAAUCUAAAAACUUUGGGGGGGGGAAUUACAGCAUUUUUAUAAACACUACUUCAUUAGAUCUAUAACAACAACAACGGUUUGUACAUUACUUUUUAAAAAAAUAAAAACUAACCACGUGGUAUUCUAAAAUAUAAGCUUAAUGGCUCAUAGUAAUAGGUAAGCUAAAAUUGGAAAAACACUUUGGUCCAAUAAGGUAGUUUUAAGUAGUAUUGUUUAGUGUAGAAUGCCAGCGCCUUAUUGUUAAUUUAAUAAAGCAUUGCCAUUUGAAUUGCUUAUAUUAUGUAGUAUGGAAGAAGAAUAGCCAGCUUUAACUAGAUGAGUCUGAAAAGCGUUCCUCUCCCCCCGCCCGCCCCCGCCCGUUUAUAUACUUGAAUGGCCCUGUCCAUGUUGCUGAGUCAUAUUUCAAACCAAUAAUGUAAAAAAUAGAAAUAAUCUCUGUCUCUUCACAAUCUGCAAGAAAAAAUGACCCCAAAUUGUUUUGGGUUUUUUGUUUAUUUAUAUUUAUUUAUUUAUGUGUUUGUGUGUGUGUGAGAGAGAGAGAGAGAGUGGGAAGUGGAAUAGUUCAGGAGUGGCUCUGUCUAGGGGCAGACCACCCCCAAGCUAAGUAUCGGGGGGGGGGGCAUAGGCUCUGAUAGGUUUAAAAUCAAGAGCGGCCAGAAGUCAGGCUGAUAUCCCAUGCCUGGUGGGCCUUCUGGUGCCUGCUGGGAUUCUUGCAACAUUCUGAACUAGAAUCUUUGUUUGAUUCAUCAAGGCAUUUCUUACACAUGAGUCAAGCACAGCAGUGGCUGACAUCACUUCCCAGUGCCCCCAUUUUCAGUACAUGGAUGAGUGAUGAGCAGCUGCCAGGGGUGCCAACUUGAAUAAAAUAUGGGGGGGCAGGUAAGCCCCACCCUAUAUAAUUGAUCACAUGAUGUGGCGCACGCACACUAUUUGAAUGGCAAUGCCCAUCAACUGGGGGGUGGGGCGCAGGCCCCCCUCAAAUAUUUUAUGGAGGGGGAGGCAAAGCCCUCUCUGCCCCUAGGAGUUGGUUCCUAUGGCAGCUCCCAUUGUAGUUUUCCCACAAUGCCUUGCAGCAACACUACAUAACUAGGGCUUUGUGGGCAAUUGUGGCAUCCAGCCGUGGCAAGAAUGCAGACUCAGGGUCACUUCUACAAUCCAGUUGUUCUUUUAGUGUUACGAGGUCUUUCUGAGUAUACACACUGGCUUGGUGUGGUUGACAGAUCAAAGGGAUUCUACACCCCCUCACCCCCCCCAAAAGUAGGCCAUUCAGGUCAGCUUGCCUGCGAUCUAAAUGGGAUGUAUAGGUAUAAGGCCUAUGCACACAAUUUCUCACGCCCUCCCUCAUUUGGAGGGGGUAAUGACUGCAUGUUAUUAAACAUGAGCACAUGUUUGUCUCCCUCGGAUGUGACAUUGAAUGCAAGCUGGGAAGGAGAAGAGUGGGCAUAGGCCCUCUGUGUACACGAAGAAUGUAUUGAGAUAAAGUGAAGGUUAAGGAAGCUGAAUUUUGUGUUUAGGUCUUGAGUUUGGCGGCGCAUGUUGUCAUUUUUAUUUUUUGUCACUGUCAAUUUCGCAGUCCACUUCCUGGCCCUAUAAAACAUGCUGUUUUCACCAGGCUCUUUUGCUUCCAGAUAGCAGUUUCAAUAUAAAGGAUGGGAGUUGUCUGCAGUGGUCAUGUUGUUGGAUGCAAAAUUAGGAGAUGGGAAAUCUUGAACAGAAGGCAGUCUGUCAGGUAGGGUUUUCCAAGUUUUCACGUAACUGGCCAAGGCCUCCGUUUGCACAAAGUGGAGCCCUUAAGAAGGACUUUGCAUCCUGUCAUAGCUGCCAAGUUUUCCCUUUUCUCGCGAGGAAGCCUAUUCAGCAUAAGGGAAAAUCCCUUAAAAAAGGGAUAACUUGGCAGCUAUGCAUCCUGUUUUAAGUUCAGUAGUGCUGUGGUUUUCUUUGAGGCAGGCUAUGCAGUUACGAACAUAGCUGCCAAGUUAUCCCUUUUUUUAAGGGAUUUUCCCUUAUGCUGAAUAGGUUUCCUCGCGAGAAAAGGGAAAACUUGGCAGCUAUGGUUACGAAGCAUGAGAGGGAAUUCAAUCAGAGGUGCAUCUGCUCAACUUUGAAAUGAUGAGAUUCAAAACAGGCAAAAGAAAGUACUUCUUCAUAGUUAAAAUAUUAAACAUUUAAAAUAUGGAAUUUGCAACCACAAUACAUAGUUAUGGCUACUGGCUUACAUGGGGAUUAGACUUCAAGGGGAGACACACAUUACAUUCAAAAUAUGUACAAUAUGUGUACCAGUGUACAGAAUAGUGGCGCUGUACCAAUAAACAAGUGUACACUUCUUCUUUUUUGCACAAAACAAUUUGUAUAUGCAUAAUGGAGAUGGCUUGUACCUAUGUUCAAUGUAACAGAUGGAGAAGUCUAACUUCAUGGAUGACCCAUCUAUCAAUAGCUAUUAGCCAUUAUUGCUGGCUAUAUGAAACUUCCACGUUUAGAGACAAUAUGCCACAGAAUGCCAUUUGCUGAGGAACAGCAGUGGUUGCCUGUAGCCACCUGGUUGGCCACUGUGGAAAACAGGAUGCUUGCUUAGAUGGACUACUGGUCUAAUGUCACAAGUUUUUUUCUCAGGAUCUUAGGCUACCUCUCAUCAUCACAAGUGGCCCUUUAAAACUCCAAGCCACCUAAGUGUCAUAAUGUAAGAUUUUGGAAAACAAUGAAUGAGAGACUACAUGGGAAUAGAACAAAGGUGACAGGUUCAUGGCUCCAGGAGUCUUGUAUUAAUGGCUACUACAGGUGUGGUGGCAUCUUAUGCUGAUUCUGCUGUUAGUGCAAUCAGGAAAUCGUAUGAAAAGGUUCCAAGAACUCGGGCCAGGAAGGAAAUUAAUUAUGAAUUCUUCAAACUGUUUGACCAUGAAACUAUAGCUGAUGAAGAAUAAAUGAAACAGGGCCUUGUCCUGGAUUUGAAAAUCAUUUCAACUGGAAUUUGUCUCAUUACUUUAAGCAUAAAACAGUUUGAAGGAUUCAUAAUUAAUCUCCUUCCUGGCCCGAGUUCUUGGAACCUUUUCAUUUGAUUCUGCAGUUAGGGCUCACCCUCGCUUCCUCUUGUCCUGAUGCUGUCCUUCAGGGGAAAUCAUUCUUUAUAGCUUAAUUGGAGCAAAUGACAAUUUGGCUUUUUUUCUCCAGAUAAUAGGUGCCAGCUCCUAGUGGCCGAGGCACUUUUGUCCACCAUCACCCCAUCUUUUUGUUUUGAGGGAGCUGGGCCCCCUCAAUGUUCAGUGGCAGUUUGGCUCCACCCCCUGGCUCCUUGCAAUGUCAGGAAGUCAAGCGACUUCCCGCUCGUGAUGUUGCGGCGGGCCCCCUCAAUCAGAUUGAGGAGAUAGCGUCUCUGCUCCGGAUUGACAUUUGCACCGAUUUAGCAGUAAAGGGUGGGUUUUCCCUGGCAAAGGAGUGGGUCAAGGGGGGAAAGCGCUCCAACCUAUGCCUAGAAAUUGUGGGUCAAGAGGAAAACUGCUUGGGCCCGUGCUUUCUAGACAACAGACAAGCAGGUGUGUGGAUGGGCCUUUAGUCUCAUCAGUUUCAACAGGGAUACAAAUGGGUGCAAAUUUUCUCACGUCGGAGCAGCCUUUGCCUUCCAUUUGUUUUGGACUAAAACUCUCAUCUGCUCAAGCCAGCAUGGCCACGAUCAUGUUCCUAACUGUGCUGGCUGGGAUUGAUGUGUAUGGUAGUCCAAUAAUUUCAAAAUGAGCGGUCUUCAGUCAGUGCAGCUCCAGAGUCAUGUGACUGGAGUUAAUAAUACUUUUCUCAAUUAAACUGAGGUUGUAGCAAAAGAAAUGUAAAAAGGAAUAAUAAUUGUGUGUUACUGUUAACUAUACGGUUAUCGCCUCCUAUGCAAGCCCUGUUCCUGUGUCAUUAACAGAAACCUGACAUGCUCUUCCUGGCAUUGAAAUAAGCGGCAUGGAGAUAAUUAGUCGCUUCAGCUGCUAAUUUCUGUGCGUGUGGCAGCAGCUAGAAUCCAAUAAGUACCCGGAGGGCCACAUGUUCCCUGUUUUACAGCUUGAAGCACAGUAGCUGCAGCAGUAAAAGGAGGUUGUUGGUAAACCUUGCCACAGAGACUAAGCCUGCAAUGCAUUGACAGGAUUGAAGCAUGGUAAUAAAGCCUGAGGAUAGGAAGGUGUCAUUCACAAUAAGACAGUGUGAUGCCAUUUGCACUAUUAUCUCUGGAAAAACUUGAGCGAGUCUAGUGAAUGUUGGACAAAAUACCUGGAUCCACGUUGUAUGAUGAGAGAGAAAGAGAGGUUGCUGUCAAUGAAAAUCUAAAGUUAUACUAAUAAACUGACUGAUGGUUCAACUGAUUUAUGAUUUACUAGCUGGCCCUGCCACGCAUUGCAGUGGCUAAUCCCUGUGACUGCCCCCACCCUGUCCUGAUCCAUGAUCUAUUCUGUUCCUCCCCCCCCCCCCGGCUCAUCCCUGUGAAUCCCCCAACUCCCUCUUCCCCCCAACCCCCACGCAGGCAAGUCAGUACCUCCAUUCGGCCUAGUCUGUAAAGGCUUUGGCCUAGGAGGAGGAGGAAGAGGAGUAGGUGGGAUUAUGGCAAUAUUUGCCAUCUGUUCCUUUGAUGUCCACUUGAGGGUGGUAUAUUUUGUCUUUUUUUAAAGAGAACAUCAUGUUUUUAGGUGUGUUAGGGGUGGGAUCUUAACAAUCUAAGGUUUUGCAAACAGUCUCGUAUUGGCAAGGAAUGCUAUGUCCAAAUUUGAGCGGAAUCGGUCAAGCGGUUUCCGAGAAAAGUGGACUAUAACAAACAUGGCCCUUCUGCAUUAGCUUUCACAUUCUCACUAAUGAAUAUGAAUGGGGGGAACACACUGUCUAGUAUACGUUUGCUUGUCUCCUCUUUCUUCUCUGCUUCGUUGAAGAUAUAGAUCUAAGUUAACAGAGAUUAACAACACUGAGCAUUUUCCGGUAUUGUGACAUCCAAAGACGUGCUUUAAAAACAGGUUUUUGUCCAUGCUGGUUGGGCCUGAUGGGAGUCCAACAACAUUUUGGAGGGGGUCAGGUUUCCUUGUUUUCAAGAGAUGAAGUUAUAAAAUGAAAACACUUUCAGGCUAGACUGCAGUAGGUACAAGGGGACACAUACCUUUCUUACUGGAAGAUGCACAAAUUUAGAUUGAGAACUUUAUUACAGUACUUAAAAAUGUGAUGCACUGUGGUGGAACCGUAAAUGCGUUACUAGCACAGCAAACACCAGACUGAGCUAGACUGGUAAAGAAAAAGCGAUUUAUAUGUGUCGUAUGUGCGAUAUAACAUUGUGCCACCAGAUGGCAAAGUGGAGUCCCAUUUUUCUCCACUUGUUUUCCCUGUUUAAAUUUACGCGUUUAACUGAAACACUUCUUUGAUGUGUCUAGAUCCAGCCACUCUAUUUACUCAUGAAACUUUCAAGGCAAUUGUGAAGUCUGUUGAAAUGAAACCCAUCUCCACUGAAAUAAUAUACUCUGACCAUAAAAUAUUAUUUGUACUAUUCCCCUCGGUGAUUUUUUUUCCUCCAUGAUGUAGUAGUUGGAAUAUUUAUUUCACAGCCUGUGUACUUUAUGGAAAGCUAUGUUGACUGUCAAUUAAGUCCUUAAUUUUCUGAUUCCUUGUAUGGAAGUACAGCCCAUCAUUUCUGCUGUUUCAAGGCUUUGGGAUACAGACUAGGGCUGAUGGGAGAUGGAGCUCCAGAACAUCUGGAGGGUAACACUCUGGCUAACUCUGACAUAGGUCAUGUCUGCACUAUGGACAAUUGAAGAUGCAGCCCUACCUACAUAUGCUGGGAAUUGAACCUGGCAUCUUCUGCAGGUAAAGCAGAUACUCUACCAGUUAUAUCAUAUUUGUAUCCCACUAUUACUCUGAGGAGCUCAGAUUAUAAAUGGUACUCUCUCCCACCCCCAAUUUUAUUUCACAACAACCCUGUGAGGCAGGUUAGGGAGCAAUAGACCCUGUAUUGCAUUUAAAAAUAUGUAUUCGGCUUAAAAGUGCCCUGUUAACAUAAAAUGUGUGCAUUUUCUUCUUUUAAAACACAUCAAUGAGAAAUGUGAUUAUACAGUCCUCAGGCAAUGUUUUCAUAUUAA